AUAGGGGUUUAUUAAAUAUUAGUAGGGGAAGUCUUAUAUUAUUAAACUAAGGAGUUGCGAUCUAAUUAUCAUCAGGAAAAACGUGUGUAAGCCUACAAGAUGAACACACUUGGGAGAUUCGUUAUAUUGCUUGGAUAUGUCGUAGUUUCAGUUGAAACAACCAAAUUUUAUUGUCCGGCUAAUAACCCAUGCAUUCUCCUGGACUUGGACGCAAAUUUCAUCCUAAGUGAACACGAUAAAAAUGGGACAAAAGUUUCCCCUGUGUUUGAUCUGCAGAAGGCCGAAGUUGACGAGACAUCAUGCAAGUGCUCACACAUUUUUCUCACAACAAGUUCAACCGUACGCUUGCAGCUGUUUCCUUCAGGGGACAGUCUGAGGAUCACAUUUAAUACAAGUGAAAAUCUAUUUAAAGCCAACCCAGUGGACAUGAAGCUAGAUUUAACCUUUGACCCUAAAGGUCAUUUUCCAAGCGAAAACAGCACUUUUGUUAAUAUACAAUCUUCUUAUAUGCAUAUCGGUAAGAGACAAGAGUCCUUCGCGUGCAACACAACGGAAGUCCUGACGUUUAACAGCGACCCAAUUUAUCGCAUGACGAUGGAAAUUAUGAACUUGAAAGUUCAGGCCUUUGAUGUCACGGGCGGGAAAUUUAGUAAAGCUGAAGUAUGUCCUAAUGACACACCAACAAGUACAACAACUCACACAAUAACCACAGAAACAACACAGCAUACUAAGACGUCACAUCAACCAACAACUGAGCCAACGACACACACAAUGACGCCAAAUCACCCAACGACUGAACCAGCGACACACAAUAUGACGUCAUACCACCCAACAACUGAAACAACAACACACAAUAUGACGUCCCAUCCAACUUCUGAACCAACAACACACACAAUGACAUCACAACCAACUACUGAACCAACAACACACAACAUGACGUCACAUCAUCCAAAUACUGAACCAACAACACACAACAUGACGUCACAACACACUUCUGAACCAACGACACAUAACAUGACGUCACAUAACCCUACUACUGAACCAACAUCACACAGUCAUAAAACACACACGAUGACAACAGCAACAACAGAACCGACAACAUCCCAUAUGACAACUGAGACAACUACAUCCGCACCAACAACGCCAAUGCCAUCUACGCCAAAGUUCGAUGUAUGUAAUGGCUCAGAAUGCUGCAUAAUAAUGACCGGACACUUCAUGUUCCACAUCGAAUACGAAGAUAGUAAUAAUAAGACGCAAAUGGCAGAGGUUAAAAUUCCAGAGAACGCGACGGUUACUGGGAAUUGUAACUCGGUCAACACUACACAAGACAUCACUUUGCACUUCGCUAAUGGAUGGCACUUUACCGUCGAGAUAGGAGAGGUUGCAACAGACGACGAGGCAGCCACCAUUCAGGGGCAUACGUUCUCUUGGCAGCAGUAUUCACUCACAUAUGUCAUGGAUGAACAUUUUAUAUUUCCAAAUACACCGGGCGCUGUCAAAACAAUCAUGGGCAAGCCAAUGUUCGACAACUUUACAGCCGAUGAACAGGGAUCAUAUAUUUGCAAUGCCAGUCAGACUCUUGACCUUGGUUCAGAUAAUUCGGCGCUGAUACUAUCGGAUCUGCAAUACCGGGCGUUUGGAACAACCAACUCCACGACCUUUCCCAACAACGACGUGACGAGAUGCCAAGCCGAUCAGCCUUCGACCACCACGCCCAAUCCCACAACACCUACGCAAGCCCCCAACCAGGCCGGCACAAUCGUUGGGGCCGUGGUGGGAACGUUGGUCUUCCUCGUGGUCGUCGCUAUGGCCAUUAUGUACAUGAGGAAGAGGAGUACAAUGAAGAAGGCACAAGCAUAUGGCGAACUCUAGGCCACCUUCCGGAAUGUGGUUUGAUAAUCACAUUAAUAACUGUGCAACGUUUUGCAAUACGCAAAUCAAUGAUUGUGAUUUACAGGCUUUGUUCAAUCAACAAUAAUUAUUUUUUUUGCUGUAUAUAUUUAUUUCGUGUGUGCGUCCUCGAUGGGAUGAGAUAAAUGUGUUAAUCUGUCAUAUGAUCAAUACAUUGAUAUAAAUGAUAUUUGAACAGAUACUUAUAAAGUGCUUGACUGUACAAUUAAAGUUUAAACUCUACUGGACUUUUUUACCUGUUAGUACAUGUAUAUAUUUAAAGAUUGUUCAUUCGUUUCAGAUCGUUUUAACGGAUAUUACUCAUUUAAUGAUGAUGUAUCAAAUGAAAUUUAUAUAAUG